GGAAGUGGCGGGGGAAGAGGAUGCUGACGCUGGAAUAAAGAUGGCGGCCCGCGGGGCUGGGGCUGCGCUGGGCCGGGCCGCGGCCCUCUUGGUGCUGGUGCUGUUCGGUUUAGGCCCGGCCGGUGCCCGCGUCCAUCACCUCACCCUCAAAGAUGAUGUGAGGCAGAAGGUGCACCUGAAUACCUUUGGCUUCUUCAAGAAUGGUUUCAUGACAGUCAAUGUCAGCAACCUUUCCCUGAAGCCCCCAGUGGGCUCUGAUGACAAGAGUGGCUUAUCAGUGGGGUUCAGCUUGGAUCGAACAAAGAAUGAUGGGUUCUCCACUUACCUGGAUGAAGAAGUAGAUUACUGUAUCUUGAAAAAGAAACCAGAGCAAGAUGCCUCUGUUAUAAUCUUAUUUCUGGACUUCAACACUGAAGUUGUGAAGGUUUGGUUCCCUGCAGAAGCUGCUUCUUUGUUACCUAAAAUUUCAUUUGUGUCUGAGGAAAACUUGACUGCCUUAAGUACCAAGCCACUGAAGUCUUCUGAACAGAGCAGUAGUUCUGCUAAAACUCCUACAAAGACCAAAGAAAAUGCAGACAGCGAAGAUAAAAAGUCCAAACCAAGUACAACAACCUCCCAGGGUGUAAUAGAACAAGAACAUCCUGUUCACAAUGACAGAGGAACUUUUUCAUUUCAGUUCUUUUUCAACAUCAGUUCUGAUAAUCAAGAAGGUCUCUACAGUCUCUAUUUCCACAAGUGUGGCAGUGAUGGGCAGGCUCAUGACCAGCGCCUCUUUAAUCUCGAUAUAGAAAUUACGGAAAAGAAUCCUGAAAGUUACCUCUCAGCUGGGGAGAUCCCACUGCCCAAACUUUACAUUUCCAUGGCUCUCUUCUUCUUCCUCUCUGGGACUGUGUGGAUCCAUAUACUUCGGAAACGCAGAAAUGAUGUCUUCAAGAUUCACUGGCUAAUGGCAGCCCUUCCUUUCACAAAAUCUCUGUCUUUAGUCUUCCAUGCAAUUGACUAUUACUACAUUUCUUCUCAGGGAUUUCCUAUUGAAGGCUGGGCUGUUGUUUAUUACAUCACUCACCUACUGAAGGGUGCUCUUCUGUUCAUCACUAUUGCCCUGAUUGGCACAGGCUGGGCUUUCAUUAAACACAUCCUGUCAGAUAAAGACAAAAAAAUAUUCAUGAUUGUCAUCCCACUUCAGGUCCUGGCAAACGUGGCAUACAUCAUCAUAGAGUCAACAGAAGAAGGGACAACUGAAUAUGGAUUAUGGAAAGAAAUUCUUUUCCUGGUAGACUUGCUAUGUUGUGGAGCCAUCCUGUUUCCAGUGGUAUGGUCAAUAAGACAUUUACAGGAGGCUUCAGCAACAGAUGGCAAAGCUGCCAUUAACCUAGCAAAGCUGAAGCUUUUCAGACAUUACUAUGUUAUGAUUGUGUGCUACAUUUACUUCACACGGAUCAUUGCAAUUCUCAUAAAGAUUGCUGUUCCAUUCCAGUGGAAAUGGCUGUACCAGCUGCUGGAUGAAAUGGCCACACUUGUCUUCUUUGUCCUCACUGGGUACAAGUUCCGUCCAGCAUCAGACAACCCCUAUUUACAGCUUUCUCAAGAUGAUGAUGAUGACUUGGAGAUGGAAGCUGUGGUGACAACUUCUGGGGUAAUGGAAGGCAUGAAGAAGGUCAAGAAAGUGGUGAAUGGUUCAGCAGAGCCCCGGGGCGAGUGGGAAAGCAUGGCAUGAUGGACUGGACUAAGGCAGCACUUUCAGAGAAACUUUUUUUUAAUUUAUUAAUAUUACUCUCAGUGGAAAGGGUGCAACUAGCACUUCCCAACACAAACUGCAGAGUGGGGUGUGUCUAGGGGGAGCAAAGCAGUGCAGAAAUUUAACUAUUCCUCUGAUCAUAAGAAAAUGGGAUCUCUUGGUACCUGCAAGGAGCGUGAAGCUUUCCUAGAGAUUUUGGGUAGCUUAUUUUUUUUUUGUUUUUUUUUUUCCCCUUUCUGGGUCAGUUAGGUAUUCUGAAUUGUUUGCAGUUGCAUUCUUCAGAAUGUGUAAUACUGAUGUGAAGAGAGACCUGUAGUGUGUAUGUAAAAUAUAUAUUUUAUAUAAUGCACAUAUCUAUAUACACACACGUGCUUUGUUACAUGUAUGCUGGGAAUCAAAGUGUCUUGGAAGGUGCAAAGAGAAGAUGAGGUGUAAGUAUUCUUUUUUUUCUUUUUAUAAACUCUCCAUUUGGCUUGAACAAAACCAUUGCAAACCAAACAGGUAGAAAUAACUGCAGUCAUUUGAGAGACUGAACGGGGAAUUGGAUCAGAUGACUUGUGCCACGACUCAGAUGAAUGGCAGAGUUGAGAAGUAUCUUGUUUUAGCCAUGCAGGAAUCCACUUGAAUGUGUCAGGUUUUCAAAUGUAUUGCUACACAACAAACAAGUGACAGCUCUCUAUUAAAAAGCACUAGCCUGUAGUGCAAUAAGCAUUUGUGCAAGUUCUCCCCUCUUCAUGGAAUUGCUCUUGAUUUGCACCCACGUGACACGAAGUACUCAAGAGGUGUAUGACUGAUGCUUGCUUUUUAGGGAUCUGCCAUGCUAGCUUAAAUAUUUCAUUUCAAACUGUGGCCCAGAGCACUUUGAUCUGCUUUCUAAAAAUAAUUUCAAGGUAUUUCAGAAGACACUCCUUCCUGCUCCAGUAUAAACAGUACCAGAAUCUCCAGUAAUUUGUCUUAGCAUAUCUCUGGUUUACCAUUACCCUGAGUUACUUGGCCCCUGUGGUUAUGUAUGUUUAAUGAUUGAUUGCUGUUUUAAGAUGAGCUGAACUGAUCAAAAUGGUUUUGCUGUUAAAACCAGGUAACCAUGGCUCCCAGUCCUAAAUGUUUAGGGGGCUUUUUUGGUUUGAUUUUUUAAAUUUUUUUGACAGGAAAGGAGAAGAUCAUGACCAGAACACUCAGUGCAGGGGAAUACACAAGUCUUAAGUAUUUGCUGCAAACUUAGCAAGCAGUUUUUAGGGACAUGUUACAAAUGCCAUGUGUGUUUUAUCUCUACCACUCUGGUAUUGUUAGUGACACAAGCUGGUGGCCACAGCUGCAGCAGUUAAGUCAUAGCAAAUGAUUGUUAAUUUGGGGGAGGAUGGAAGUGGCUCACUGAUGUAAUGAGGAUAAGCAUUAAGGAAAACAGAAUAUAACUCAUUGACCCACUGAAGCCUUAAUACCCCUGUAGAGACACUGACAUAUGGUGCUGCUGAGCAAAGUGCUUGUGUCAGGGUGACAGAGAGAGGCAUCAUCCCAGAGCUUCAGAUGUGCCAGAGUCUUCUACAUCCUCAUUUAGGAACUCCUUUCUUGACCAAAGGGGCUGAACCUCUGGGGUACAACUGAUUAGAGGACUUUUAGCCACUUGGUUUUUUUCAUUCUUUAAGUUUAGAAGAGGGAUUUUCUUUAGAACCUUGAACCAUUUCUUCUAUGGUCUUGAAGAGGAGUAGCAGAGCUCUGAAAUGAGCAGUCUGUACCAAAACUUGCUGUUUGAAGAGCAGCAUUGUUUUCUCUGGUUGCCACUUCUUUUCUCAGGUGUUGGUUCUGCAUAUCAUGGAAAUGGUAGAAAUCAAUCUGCCUGCUUUCAUCCCUGGAACUGGUUUUUCCUCAGCUAAAGCCUGAUAAUAACCCUCUAGGUACAGAGUUCUCUUCUGGUUUUCUCCUCAGCUGUAACUGCAUAGAAAUCACAGCAGUGAUGGUUUGGCUUUUCCUAUCAUUGUCUUGCAAAGAUUGGUUUUAGAGAACCAUUAGAAAGGUUUUUAGGUGACCCAGGGGUCUUUUAGAUGCUCUCUAUGAAGAAAUCUGCUGCAGAUUUAGUAGUUGAAGUGGGAGAAAUUGGACUAGAAACAAACAGAGGCAGUCCCAGCUUAUUGUACACUUAGAUACAAUACCUGAGAAACCCAUCCUCCCACUCUGCAUGGUUACUCCAUCCCUGUGGAAAUGUCCCUGUCUGCACCCAAAGGGCUACUCAGAGGCUAUAAACUUUUGGUCAGACCAGUUCAGUGGAGGCUGAAAGUCUUUUGCCACAGAGAUCUGUGUUAGGGAUAAAGAUUCUCUCUCAGAAACAGAAGAGAGAGGACAGUGUCAGUGCAGACAAGAUGCUGUCUUGGGGACCUGUUACACCACUUGCAAAUGGGAAGUGGAAUUCUGAUGGCUGUGGUGCUUCACCCAAAUCCAGGAGGGGCUGUGCUGGGAUCCCAGGGUGGGCUGAGCUGAUUGCCCAUUCCAUAUCAGCAUCAGUGAAGCUGCUGAUUUGGCAAGUGCUUUACCUUAGCCUCAGGUUUCUUUUUUUUUUUUUUUUUUUUUUUUAAUAUGCACUUUUGCUGAAGUUCUGUAGGAUGUAGGUUUCUCUGCCUAGUCAAAAGCCAAAAAAACCACGGGUAAUUUCUUUUUGCCUUGGCAUGAAUAGCCAUGGCAAGAGCUCUGGAAGUGUUUUGAGAAGAGUUCUUGGGCUCCAAGUUCAGACCUAAUCCUCAGCAGUCAGCUCUAAUCCAACUUCAGCCAGCACUUGGUGCAGGAUGCUCCCCAGCAGCCCAACAGGCACUGCUCAGACAAAAACAGUAGUAAAGAAGGUGAAUGUGGUCAAAAAACCAGAAAAAAAACCCAUUUAUGGAAGGUUCUGACUGAAGCCAUUUCCAAAGUGAAUUCCUACUGGUGGAAUUCCUCAGAGCAGGUUGAAAAAGGUCUUGCAGGGUUUGGAUGGUGGCUGGGAUGUUGGGGGGUGGUGAGGAUGGGUGCAGCUGAGUUUCUCCCCCAGCACAGCCUGUGCUGCACUGCAGAGCAUCAAAGGGAGGGAAUUCCCUCCCCCAGGAGAUGACCCCACAUCUGCAUGACUGGGUUGGGAGUGAAAAGCUGCAGCUUGGAGCUUUCCAGGCAGGAUAAUCCCAGCCUUUGCCUUUCAGCUGCUGGGAGGAAGCUUUGUUCAGAGGGAGGCAAAACAGAAGGACUGCUUGUGGUUUAUGGAUCAGGUGAGAACACAGCCUUCCUGCUGCCUUUUCCUGAAGGGAGCAACUCCCUUUCCCUGCAAGUGCCCAGGGGUGUAAAAUCCAGGAAUCCUGGCAGGGCAGGGCUGGAGUGGUUCAGCCCCAGUGCUGGGAGUCCAUUCACCACCCUCUGCAGACAAAAAUGAGAUGGGUUGAGUUGUGAUGCAGGCUGUGCCCUAAUAAAUCCCUGCUGCUGCUGCACUCCCUGCUCUGACUGUUCCUCAAGCUGUCUUCCAUUGGAAGCUUCCUUUGGCACUGCAGCUGCCAGACUCUUGCAUUCUUCAGGCAUGAAAAUGUUUUCCUUGAUGGUUCCUUAAGAGAGGUGCUAAAAGAAAGGAAGACAUAAUGGGGUCAGCUGGAACAUUCCUGCUGCUUGCUCAGAAUGGUGCUGUUUGGGUUGAGGGAGCCCCGUGCUGUCCUGUUAGGAUGCUCUUUCAUGUUCUGGGCUGUGCAGGGCACUGCUCAGGCUUUCUCUCCAGCUGAGUGCCCUGUUCCUGGAUUUCCAUGCUAGCAUACCCUGGGAGCAUGUUGUAAAAAUUUGCUGCAUUGCAGCAUUUUGUCUUGGAGCUAGGAAGGGGGGAGAUUUGUUUUUUCUUAGCUCAGUGGACUCUCUCCCAGGAGUGUGCAUCCACGGAUCCUUAAGCACUGCAACAUUCCUGCUGGCCAUGAAAGGGCAUGGCCUCAUCACUCACUUUUGGUGCAAGUCCAAUGGAAGUUUUUUAGCAUGUUAGUCUUUUUUUUUUAUCUUUACAGUUUGCUUCUCUUAGAGCAGAGAAAUAUCUGCCCAGUGACAAGUAAAGUGACAAAGGCUUAGGACAGGUGAAAGUGUUUGAGAACUUCUGCCUUUUUGGCACUGUUGGUGACUAAGUCACCUCUCCUGUUAAAAACAAUGGGCCAGGAUUUUUCUGCUGGUUCUGCUCAUUGCUUAUGUACCUGAAGAACCUUUUCAGCAACAUCCCUGCAAGGCAACUCUGAGAAAUCUGUGUUUCAACAGCUAAAACUCCACUCUGACCUGGAAAAGGGUGGCAGUCUAAAACCAAGCAUGUAAGUAGUUACACAGUUUAGAAUUCCUGGUGCAUAUAAACCCCUAAAAGCUCUUUUGUUCCACCCUCCUUGAAGCAGGCAUCUGUCUGAGAUGGACCUGAUCCACUCUGGAGCUGGAGGUGCUCCCUGGGGUGGAAAUGCACUGCUGGGAAGAGAACCAGUCUUAGGGAAGCAAAACAUUCCUGGAUGCAAGGUAGUGAAACCUCAGCUGUCAUCACUGUCACCCAGGCAGCAGGCAGGAUGAGAAGUUAUCUGAAUUAUUCUGGACAGUUUCAGGUAACAUGUUCUCAGGAUGAUGAAAACAAGGGGGGGGUAGCACUCCAAACUCUUCAGCUCUAAAGCUAUUCCAGGGUGAGAUGCUCAGGAUACAGCAGUUGCCAGAGCAAUGGUGAUUACUGUCACAACAGUGUGAUGGAAAACACUUGGAAGGUUCCCAUGGAAAAACACAUUGGCAAUUGCCUCUGGGCACAAAACAUUCCAGGAGCAAAGUCAGAGUUGUGAGAACAGGUACUGAGGAAAAGGAAGCAGCCCUUCUUUCUCCAGUCUGCCUGGUUUGUUUCCUCCAGUUUGAUCUCUCAGGAGUGCAGACUGCUGUUAUUUUAAAGCAAAUGUUUUAUUUUACCUGUGUUUCACCUUUGGAAAAGGAGCCUGGAGCUGUGGAUGGGAGGGACAGAGAUUGGAAACACUUUGUUUAAAACCUGUUACCUUGAGUGUAACUCCAGUAACCCUGGUUCAUGGAAACCCAGGUGGUGCUGCCCAAAGACCUUGACCAAUGUUUGUGUUCCCUGGGGUUGAUUUGCUGGAAAACAUUGUUGUAAAUCAGAUUAAUCUGGCUUUUAAUGUUGCCACUGGGGGUGAUGCUGCUUUGGGCUUAUUAAUCACUUUCACUUAGCAAUAUUGGGAAGCUGUGAGUUGGGUUUUUUUUCCCUCUUGCAGUUUGUGACUUGGAUCUAGCAAUGAUCCUACAAGAACUCUGCACUUGCAAGUGGCUGGAACAGGAUUUAAGAAAAAUAGAUAUUAAAUGUGUAAAGUGAUGGUACUGGCAGAAAGUGGCUGAGAAAAGUCACUCCUUGUAGGUUGACUGGCUCAAGAAUCCAUUUAUGUUUUGAUUGCAGCAAUCCUGUAGAAAGGACAGUUCUUAAUAAAUACUGCCCUGUGGGAUUUCACUUGGUGUUCUGCUCUCUGGGUAAUAAAGUAGAGCCCCAGCUCCACAUUCUCAGAAGCAGCCUUGUAGCUAGGAUACUGGUGCAUUGGGCUGGUACCUGUUCUGUCAAAACAGAGUAUGGGUCUAAAUAGCUUCCCUUUAGUAACUAUUAAUAAUUAAUUCUAGAUCCUCUUGUGUCAUUAAGCAGCUUUAGGCCACCUUGUACAAUGUAGCUCUGAAUUCAUUUAGUAAAUGACCUCCCAAAGAACUGAAAAAGACUUUCCUGUACAGCAAAGUCCAGUUCCAAGGUUUUUGGUGACCUGUAGAUACCUUAUUCCUCAGUUCAUGUUCAGAUGUACAAAUGGAUUUUUUCAGUUUAUUUUUUUUUUAAACUUUAUUAAAAGAACAGCAAACAGUGUUUGAAGAGAGGCAAGGCAGAUACAAAUCAGGAUGGUCUCUGUAACUUGCUUUCCCUGCUGUGAUGCAAAAGUGUAAAAUAAAGAUUGACCAGAAAGAAGUUUAAUGCAUCUCAUUUUCUGCUUCUAGCUGCAGGUCCUCCAUGUGCCACAGCUGUGUUUGCAGUUGCCUUCCUCCUCUCUUAGCUUUGGAAAUUGGAUUUCUGCACUGGUGUCUGUGGCUCCUCUGAAUGGAAGUGGGUUUUUACCUCCCUGUUUCUCCCAGGCAGGGGGGUUCAUCCAGGGCUUCUGGUCAAGGUUUGGUCUCCUUGGUCCAGAGGUUCUUCUAAGGGAGGACAAGGAGCUGGUCCUUUAAACACUGGAGACCAGAGAUAAAUCAAGGGUAAACCCCCUGUAUUUCAGGUAAUAUUCUUUAUAUCAAGUAAUAUCCUUUGUGUACCUACCUUAAUAUCAGAGACAGGUUCUUGACCUGUUUGUUUGAGGCUGAUUUGGGACUUUAGAAGCUGUUCUCUUCCUGUUCUCUGGAUCCUACCAGGAUCCAACCAUGCAUUUCAGUUCUGCAAACUGGUUGGGUUGGUAGGGAUGAGGAGGGCAAAGUAUUUCCAUGAAGUGCUCAUCCCCUGCCCCUCAAAAGCAUCCAUCCUUCAUCAUAAAAUGUUUCUUAUGGUUCAACCUGUAGUCCUCAGCCUACCUCAAAGGGGCAAUGCCAAAACCAGCCUGUGUUCUGUACCCUGCAUGUCCCAAGCAGCCACUUCUGUGUUACCUGAAACCUUUGGGUGGGUGGGGGUGUACCAGGAAAUUAAGCUAUGAAAAA